AGCGGUCAGUGUUACCGCUGGCUGCCACGCUUCCUGUAGCGGAGGAGAGCAUGACCCUGGGCAGUCCGGCACGUAUGUGCCUCACUAUCAUAAUCUAAAUCCAGAACAUUGAAGCAAUCAGUAACAGUCCCUAUUCCUGUCACUAACGAUGUCAUCAUCAUCCUCUGAGCCUUCGGGUAGUAAGAGUGAUGCCCCUAAAGAGAAGGAUUUCCGGACACCUGGAUUCAGAGGGGUGAAGACAACCAGUUUGUUCCGAGCUGUCAAUCCUGAGCUCUUUAUUAAACCUAAUAAGCCAAUUAUGGCAUUUGGACUUUUGUCAAUCACCAUCUGUGUUGGCUAUAUUGCUUAUUUACACGCAACCGAGGAAAAUAAAAAAGACUUAUAUGAAGCAAUUGACAGUGAAGGAAACAGAUACACAAGAAGGAAAACUUCUAAAUGGGACUGAGUUGUAAUGAUUACCCCUCUGGAUAGUGAGUGAAUCCUGGGCAAGAGAUUGCAGCAAAAACAUAAGGAAUAAAUGAAAAUAAACGGACAAUAAAACCAAUAUAGUGUAUAUUACAGAGCUAUUAAAGGAAACUGAAGUCUA